ACAAAGAGUGAAACAUUUAAGGGGGUCUGAAUACUUUCCGUACCCACUGUAUGGUCAAAACACUUGAGUUCUAAAACUUCAGUACCAAUAUUUCUUUUCUAACCAGCAGAUGGCAGAAUUCUGCCUGCAACACCUAGAUCAAUAUCCAGAAACAACUUGUAUUUAAUUUAGAUGAUCAUUAAUGUAAUUUCUUCAGAAAAAUGUAAUAUUUCAUAUGCACACUAACGGUGUAGAGCAAUUUUGCAGUAAAUAGGUAAAAAAAAAAGAAAAAAAAGUACCACAUAUCUCCCAAAACACAGCAUAAAUAUAGCUGAGAAGUAAAUAAAAAAUAUGUAUCAUUUGUAUUAAAAAAUGUAUAUUUUUUACACAAUCACUCUGUAAAUGUGUGGGGUCCGAAUGGACCCCAAAGAACCUGAGAGUAUAAUGAGGGCCAUAUGAGGGUUAACUGUGUACUCUGGUUUUUCAUUCAGUAAGUUUUGGAAUAAAUAUACAAUUUUAAAAUCACUAGAGUUAUGCUUCAUUUUACCAUGAAAUGUAGUUCAUCCACAUUUCACACAAUAUUCUUCUACUUUUAGCCAUUUGAAACAGUCGGGUUACUACACUCUCAGAAGAAAAGCUGUCACUGGUGCGGUACCCUUUUGAAAGGCACUAAAGGAGGUACUAAUAUGAACCCUUUGAUAAAAAAUUAUGAAUAUGUUUAUCGAUUAAGAACAGUUAAAGUCUUAAUAAGGGCCAGAACUAUAACUUUAUAUCAGAUGCAAAUGCAGCAUGUGAACUAGGAGUGUCAAACGCUGUCAUGGGAGGAUUCACGCAACACUUUUUGCAGUUCUGCUGUUAGAUCACACACUGAAGAAAAUGUGUCACAAGUUGGUUUUGUUCUGUUUGUGCUGCUGGAGUCUGACUGGUAAGAUAGUUAUAAAAAACAUUUUUAUUGCUUGUUUUAAAUUUCAGACUAAUAAAGUUGCUGCUACUGUUCCAAUUAGAUUAUUUUCAUCUGCUGCUAUGUACCGAAUGAAUUAUGAAUAUUGUAUGAAUAUAAUACUAACUUUGAAUUCAGGUCUCCGUUGGGUUUAGGACGUUUACAUUGGAAAUUCCAGGUCUGGAAAAAACGUCAUGAAAAUAAUGGAAAUCUCUGCAGAAAGUGUGAACUUUCCGUUGAGCUGUUUUCAAAUAUCAGGUUCAUAUCUGUUCAACAUCUGCUUCAUAAACAUCUACAAAUGUCAUGGAAAUUCACUAGUCAAGAUGUGCAGGAACCUUACAGUGCAUAAGAGACUAUCCAGUGAUCUAAUGAUCUAAGUCUCUCAUUUAUUUACAAAAAAUGUAUUUAAAAUAAUAUCCAGCACAAUUAAAACUGUAUUUUCAUUUCAUUUUAUUAUCUGCAAUAAUUAUCAUGUAUUUAUUGUCGAUAAAUUAUGAAACUUUAAACACUGAUUGUCCUCUACACUUUAAAACAAACUAAAGAGGAAUGCGUUGCACCAGUAAGGAUUACUUAAUUACAUUAAUCUAGAUUAAAUCAAGGUUUAUCUAAUAAUUCUGCCAAAAUUUAAAAUGUAAAAUAAGCAGACUUACAUUUAAAACAUCAUUUUGAUCCUAGUGUUAGUUAACAUUUAAAAUAGAUCAACUUUAACCCUGUUACUUUAAAUUAAAUUAAAAGUUGUUGCUGUUUUGGGAAACCUGUUUGCUUUGAGUUCAUAUCUGGGGUUAAUACAUUCAUGUGUUUAAUCCAUUAAAUAUCCUAGAAUAUUUAGUGUGAAUAUCCAGUGUAAUACUGUGGCAUUAAACUAUGAUGAAGGUGGCCUGAUGGUUGUGACAUUUUGUUAUAUGUGGUUAUCUGUCUUUUUCAUAAAUUAUGCUGCCGUAUUACUACAUUAACUGCUACCUUAAAUAUAUUUCCAAGCAAUCUGUAAGCGCUGCGGCAAUGUUUUCUCUUUCUGCUUAAUUCUAACAGUUUCUCUUUAUAGUAGAAGCUUAUAAAGUACAUUGAUAUUUUACAUUUUGUUUUGUGUUUUUGCUGCUGUUCUCAACUUUACAUGUAAAUGAAGCUGAUUUCAGUCUUUGUAAACCAUCAGAGGCUUUAAUCAGUUUGUUCAUCAGGUGUGUUUGGCGAUUCAUUGUCAGUGAUGGAGGGAGAUUCUGUCACUCUAAACACUGAUCUUACUGAAAUACAUGAACACGACGACAUACUGUGGAAAUAUGGAGCUGAAAACUUUCAAAUAGCUAAAAUGAAGAAAAAGAAGAAAACCUUCAACACAUCUGAUGUUCCUGAUGGGAGAUUCAGAGACAGACUGAAGCUGGACGAUCAAACUGGAUCUCUGACCAUCACAAACAUCACAACUGAACAUACUGGAGUUUAUCAACUAGAGAUAAGUGGAGCAAAUCUGACAACAAGAAUAUUCAAUGUUUCUGUCUAUGCUCGUCUGCCUGUUCCUGUCAUCAGCAGUAACUCUUCAAACUGUUCAUCAUCAUCAUCAUCAUCAAAUUGUUCAUUGGUGUGUUCAUCUGUGAAUGUGAGUCAUGUGACUCUCUCCUGGUACAAAGGAAACAGUUUAUUGUCCAGCAUCAGUGUGUCUGAUCUCAGCAUCAGUCUCUCUCUACCUCUGGAGGUGGAAUAUCAGGAUAAAAACACCUACAGCUGUGUGCUGAACAAUCCCAUCAGCAACCAGACUCAACAUCUGGACAUCACUCAACUCUGUCACACAUGUGCAGUUCCUUCAGCUCCUCCAGUCUCAGUCUCUCUGAUAGUGCUGAUCUCUGCUGCUGCUGCUGCUGCUGGAUCUCUGUUGAUUGUUGCUGCCGUCGGGAUCUUCUGCAUCUGCAGGAAAUGUAGAAAAAUUGAUAAAGAAGUUGAGACUUGUGAAGUCGAGAUCACUUACGCCGAGACGACAUUCUACAAGAGAAACACACAGAAAUCGAAAGUUGAAGAGGAGAGUCAUGUGGAAUAUGCACCAAUCGCAUUCAGAAGAUGACCAAACUUCAAGGUUUUUCUAAGUAUCAGACCCUUAUUUGAUCAUUUUCAUUGGGAACCUCCUGCAACGACCUCCGACUCUGAGUCUAUGGUUGAGUUUUGGGAUUGUGAGAAUCACGUUACAUCAGGAAAUAGAUAAGACAUACAGCAGAGACCCUAAAGGGAC